CAGUGGCAGAGCCUCUUUUUUUUUCUUUUUUUUUUUUGGCAUUGAUACUGUUUCAAAGAAUCUUGGACCGCAUGCAUGAGAAUUUCUAUAAGAAAUAUGUUUGAAUGCAAGUUUUUUGUGCUUAAAAUUGUCCACAACAUAAUGUUUGUAUCUCAGAUUUAGUUCCCCCUCAGUAAGGCCUCAGAUUUUAGGUUUUGUUACAUAACAUAGCUUUGAAGUUCGUGGUAUUUCUACGAUUCGUCUAGACAAUGAUAUCCGCAAAGCGUGUAUUUCAAAUCAGCCGUAUGUCUUAAACGUUCUAGCUUGGCUUAUUCGCAGGAUUUGUUUCUCUCUUUCAAGAGAGCUUAUUUACAUUUAAUAUUAUGUUCUCUCUGUUUCUCCCGUCUUGGCUGAUUCUAACUGGAGGGAGGGUUGAUGGAUGCUGGACUUCGGGAGACCAAACACGAACAGUUUAUCUAAAUUGCUCCGAAAGGGGGCGCAGAACGACUUGAUGAGGCGCAUCCAAGUGGCUGAUUUGCUUACCUGCAGAUAAUAAUCCUUAAGGAAGCCAAAAGAGACUAAGAGAGCCACCCACCAAUUGAAAUUGUCUCGAAAUGGGUGCCCAUUGGAUGGUCUUUCGAAAUUGCUGCAAUAAAUUCCAUUUUCAUUUCCGCAAGUUUGGCCCGAUUCAGAAAUUGAGAAUCCCAAUUGUUUCUUUGUCAACACUCGCUCAAGUACGACCUGAUAUCAAUCGAGUAGAUCAUAAAGACUGGCUUUCUCCCAAUGAAGUCCUGAAAGUCUUCAACGGGAUAAGAGAUCCUCAGUUGCUUAUCAGUACAUUUCACAAAGUUUCUCUGCGCAAGGACUAUAAGCCCAAUGAGGCCCUUUACAGCAUCAUAAUGGAGAGGCUUGCUUACGCUCAGAUGUUUGACGCAAUUGAAGAUAUCUUGGUUAGAAUCAAAAUGGAGCGCUGCACGCUGUCGGACGAGUUCUUUCGUAAUUUAAUCAAGUUAUUUGCUCAUGUGGGGAACAAUCCUGAACGGGCUGUCAGGGCAUUAUAUGAGAUGCCUAAAUUUCGUUGCUGGCCUACUGUUGCUACUUUCAAUUGUGUGCUGAAUAUGCUUGUUUGCACAAAGAGAUACGAGACAAUGCAUGAAGUAUAUUUGAGAGCUUCUCGUCUGGGUGUCAAGCUGGAUGCUUGUUGCUUUAACAUUCUCAUCAAGGCUUUAUGUCAACUUGGAAAAAUGGAUGCUGCAUAUUCUUUGGUUGAUGAAAUGCCUAAACAAGGUUGCAAGCCUAACAGGAAAACUUAUGCAACACUGAUGCAUUAUCUUUGUGAGCAAGGCAAUGUAGAUGAAGCCUUUCAACUUUAUGAAAGAACGGAUAGAGCAGGUUGCCAUCAUGAUACAAUAACGUUCAAUAUACUGAUCUCUGGGCUCUGCAAACAGAAGAGAGUGGCAGAAGGAAUGGAUUUGCUGGAUAAGAUGAAGGGCAAGGGAUGCCUCCCUAACUCUGGGUCCUACCUGGCUGUUAUUUAUGGUCUGUUGGAUAUGAAGAAGUCUCUUGAUGCAAAAGAAUAUUUGUACCGAAUGAUAUCAGAAGGUUCUGCUCCCAGUUUUAAAUCAUUCAAGUUGUUGAUUCAAGGACUCUGUACUGAAAGAUUGUUAGAUGAUGCUGAGUUGGUUCUAAGAGAGAUGAUACGGCAUGGAUUUGUUCCUCGAAUGGGAACCUGGAGAAGGCUUCUAAACAGAAUGUUCCCAAGGGCAGGCAAUACAUAUGUCCACAAUGAUGUUGUUGAUGAAUUAACACAACUAGAAUGCAUAGGUGGGAUUUGUGAAAAGUGAUUAUGUUGCUGAAAUGGUCCUACUGGGUAUGGAUUUCAAACAAGAGUCCUUUUAUAGAGAAGAAUUUUAUGAACCUAAAAUUGAAUCAUGGAUUACCAACAAAUGGGCACACUUAAGUGGUGUACAAAUGUCAUCUAGAAUGUAAUCUCCUUGUUAACAUCAUUAAUGUCGGACUUGAUGCCACUGCCAUGGCAGCACUUAUAUAUACUUUAAUCAUUCCUCAAAAAGCAUAAUGAAGAACAGGCUUUAGCAGGUGUCUAUUCAUAAGAACUGACAAGCACUUAGGAGGAGAACUUUGGAUUUUGAUAUUGAGGAUUGACUGCUUUGUAUUUAAUUGUUCUAUAAUGGAUAUAUCAAGGUGGAGCUGGAGAGACUGAGAUCUCCCUUCUGUUUAGUUUUACUAUGUGGCCUUCCAUGGAUCAGAAGAGGAUUUUUACACGGGAGCAUCUGUAUCAGUUGCUGGUGUGAAUUUUGUUCCCUUGGAUCUACUGUUUAGCAGAUCAAAGAAACAUGAGAAGUUCAGCAAAUUGCAGACGAAAGCUGAGAAUGGACUGUGCGAUACUGCUUUGCCAUGGAGUGGCCAGAGGAAGCACUACUGAAUUAAUAGCAGGCAAUGCAGAAUUCUAUUGUAUGUUCAUGUCCAUUAGAUCUAGGAUUGUAAUUUACAUGUGAAACCAAUUUUCCUUCUGAUCUUGGUUCAACCCUAUUUCAUUGGUUCUCCAUUCUC